CAGAACUCAGGUUGUUCAAGUGUGUUCGUUCCACAAACCUUGGCAAAAUUGCAUUAGACAAGUGGCUGAGAAAAGGUCAAGACACACGCACGAUUAAGAGAAAGAGCGGCAACAAAAAAGAUAUUACCAGAUUUACUUCUGAUAUCGGAAUGGCACUUACCAUACCUGGAACAGGACCAACACAACUUGUUCAGAAGAUUGAAUUAAGAAUCUCCUGCAUGAAUCUACCCAACAGGGAUUUGACUUCUCUAUCCGACCCAUGUGCAGUCUUCUACGUGAAACACAAAGAUAAAUACAAGGAGUAUGACAGAACAGAGCAAGCUAAAAAUACACUGGAUCCAAAGUUUUCAAAACCUAUUACCAUAGACUAUUUCUUUGAAAUGGUACAGUACGUAAGAGUGAGGAUUUAUGAUUUAGAUAAUUCUUCCAAAAAAGUUGAUGAUGAUGAUUUUCUUGGACAGAUAGAAUGUACGCUGGGCCAGAUUGUAACUAAAAGCCCUUUUACAAAAAUAAUGCUUCGAAAACAUGGAAAAGAAAUUCCCAACUGUACUAUUAGUAUAAAUGCUUUUGAAAUCAAAGAAGGGGAUGAUUUAUUGAUGUUUCAAUUCUCAGCAAAGAAACUUUCAAAUAAGGACCUAUUGAGCAAGUCCGAUCCAUUUCUGGAAAUUUCUCAACCUGUUUCUGAUGGAAGUUGGCAAAUUGCUCACCGCACAGAAGUGAUAAAAAAUAACCUGAACCCUGAAUGGCGUCCAUUUACUUUACGAAUGAAGUCUAUUUGUAAUGGUGAUAUGACAAGACCAAUCCGAUUCACUGUCUUUGACUUUGAUAAAAAUGGCUCUCAUGAUCUGAUUGGAAGUUUUGAGUCAACCUUGAGUGAGAUAAUCAAAGCUAAAGACCAUGCAGUCUCCUGGCCUUGUGUUAAUGAGAGCAAGAGAGGGAAGAAAAAAGGUUAUACAGAUUCUGGCACAGUGGUCCUCAACACUUUAAAAAUUUAUAGAGAACACACUUUUCUAGAUUAUAUUUUUGGAGGUUUGCAAAUAAAUUUGACGAUUGGAGUUGAUUUUACUGCUUCCAAUGGCUUCCCACAUAUGCGAGGCUCUCUUCAUUUCCUUGACCCUGAGUAUCCCAAUGAGUACAUGAAAGCUAUUCGAUCUGUGGGGACAGUCCUUCAAGAUUAUGACUGGGAUAAAAUGUUUCCAGCACUGGGCUUUGGAGCAGUUGUCCCCCCAUCAGAUGAUGUUUCUUUUGAAUUUCCCUUAAACCUCAACCCCCAAAAUCCUUACUGUGCAGGAAUUGAUGGUGUCAUAGAUGCUUAUCUCAGUUGUAUUAGACAGGUUCAGCUGAGAGGACCAACCAAUGUUGCCCCAAUUAUUAAACAUGUGGCCAGAUUUGCUGAAGAUUCUCAAGCCAAAGAAACAGAAAGAGAUGGGGCCACAAUGUAUUUUAUCUUGCUGUUACUAACUGAUGGAGAUUUGACUGACAUGGAUGAUGUUAAAAAUGAAAUAGUGCGCGCCUCUUCUUUGCCAAUGUCAAUAAUUAUAGUAGGGAUUGGUCAGGCAGAUUUUCGUCUAAUGGAGAAGUUGGAUGGUGAUGAUGGUGUACUUAAGUCAACUAAAGGUGUGCCCACUGAAAGAGAUAUUGUUCAGUUUGUACCCAUGAGGAACUUUCAAAAUAGUGGUGGAGCUGAGCUUUCCAACCAUGUACUAGCAGAAAUACCCAAGCAAGUUACUAGCUAUUUUAACAAGAGGCAUCUCCCACCCAGACAUAUGCAGGCACCUAUGUAGCUUAUUUUUUGUAAGGUUUUGUUGUAUAAGCUUAUCUUGUCCCUUGGGUAAUUAAAUUAUUUUUUUGUUACAUUUUAAAUAGACUAUAUUUUAGCACUAUU